GGAAAUAAACCGUGGCCAUGAGUUUAUUUGUUAACGCGUAGCUAGAUAUUUCUACAGCAGUUGUUUUAACUAAGUAAUUUUAAAUAUAUGUCAUAAUUUAUAGUUGGGUGUAGCGUAUUGUGAAACUACGGGAGAUGGGAGUCCCCGCAUUUUUUCGUUGGUUGAGUCGGAAAUAUUCUACGAUUGUUGUUCAUUGUACUGAGGAGAGGGUACGUGUUUGCAGUCAGCUAGCUAGUACUGUUGCGUAUUUUUAAGACCGUGUAGUAAUUAUGUGCCUUAGGCAGGUACUAACGUUAUUGCACUUUAGAUAUCAAAUUUGCUAGCUUUUAUCCGUUUCUCUUAUCAACGCUAUAGCUAGCAGAGCAUAUUAUCAUAACAUUUGUCGAUUGAAUGAACAAUGUGGGAUGCACGCAGUUAGAUAGCUAACGUUAGCUAUGCUACUUGCAGUGAUUGACACAGAAACUCGCGUGCAGAGCCUUGCUGCCUGUGUUGCGCAAGAAUCGAGUUGGCAUUCCAUUGGUUUGCGAACAAUCUAAUGCCAGACAACCCGUCAAUGUUUUGAUUUGGCAUGUUACGGAAUCUAAUGCAUAGCCAAGUAACGUUACAUCUAUCUAGCCACCUUAUUUAUAAUUAGUUGCGUCAUUGCAAUUAAUUUCAACAGUAAAUAAACAGACGUGCAUUUGAUAAUAGGAAGAAUGUUAAAUUCAUUUUGGUUUCAUUUUCCCUUUUACUCCCAGUCCAAGGAAUGUAAUGGCGUACGGAUUCCUGUUGAUACCAGCAAACCGAAUCCAAAUGAAGUGGAGUUUGACAAUUUGUACUUGGACAUGAAUGGGAUCAUUCACCCCUGUACACAUCCUGAAGACAAGUUAGUCCUACAAACAGAAUUAAAUAGAAUGUGGUUUCGUCCCAAAUGACACCCUAUUCCCUUUAUAGUGCAUUACUUUUGACCAGGGCCCAUGGUAUUGGUAGUACUCUUGUACAUUACCUUGAAUUGUGAUGAUAAUGUAGUAUAAACCCUCUAACUCUACUUCACUUUCACAGGGCUGCGCCCAAAAAUGAAGAUGAAAUGAUGGUUGCCAUCUUUGAAUAUAUGGAUCGGCUCUUCAAUAUUGUGCGACCCAGAAGGGUUCUCUACAUGGCUAUUGAUGGAGUGGUAAAUUCUGCUGCUUUCUUUUCAUGAGAAUAACGUUUUUCUAUUAAUCCAUAUUUAGAUUUUCUACAGUUUUGUACAAAACAAUUUGUUAUACAUAUGUUGGCCAAUGACCUUCCAAUUACCAUGUUUAUCUCUGAACAGGCCCCUCGUGCCAAAAUGAACCAGCAGCGCUCCAGGCGAUUCCGUGCCUCCAAGGAAGGAGUGGAACUGGUUGAGGAGAAAUCCCGCAUCCGAGAGGAGAUCCUCGGGAGAGGUGAUUAUAUUUUCAGAACUUUUUUUAUCCUUCCAAUAGCCUUUAGAUGGGAGUCUUUGUUAAACACUUAUUUAAUUACAAAUAUUUGCCAUAACAGAAUUACAUACUAAAUAUAUCAAACUUUUUUUCCCCAUCUUCACAUUUUAGGAGGGUAUCUUCCACCGGUUGAAAUCAAGGAGAGAUUUGACAGCAACUGUAUCACCCCAGUAAGUAUGAGGCUUUUUCUUGUCUUUUUUUAAGGCUGUGUGUUUCUGUCGCCAAUAGCUUAAAGUAACUAUCCAGUGAAAAUCUCACUUUUAAAACUUUAUAUUCUGUUAACUCAUACUCAGAUAAUGUUGUUGAGUCAUCCUACACUCGUAUUUGUGGCCGACGCAUAAAUUAGAGAAAAAAACACUUUUAAAAACAAAGUUUCAAAAUUGCUUGCUUUCCUCAUAGAGGAUGAUGUCAGCCUCCGGAGGAGGAUGAGUUGGCCAAUCAGUGGUCUACUCACAUGAAUAUACGGUAUACACCCACACCAUUCUGUUGUGGAAUGGCCACACCAUUCCAACGCAGAAAAGUUUAUUUUAACAUACUUAUUUCCCAUAUAUAUAUAUAUAUAUAUAUAUAUAUAUCUCAGCAAAAAAAUUAACGUAAUCUCACUGUCAACUGCGUUUAUUUUCAGCAAACUUAACAUGGGCAAAUAUUUAUAUGAACAUAACAAGAUUCAACAACUGAGACAUAAACUGAACAAGUUCCACAGACGUGACUAACAGAAAUUGAAUAAUGUGUCCCUGAACAAAGGGGGGUCAAAAUCAAAAGUAACAGUCAGUAUCUGGUGUGGCCACCAGCUGCAUUAAGUACUGCAGUGCAUCUCCUCCUCAUGGACUGCACCAAAUUUGCCAGUUCUUGCUGUGAGAUGUUACCCCACUCUUCCACCAAGGCACCUGCAAGUUCCCUGACAUUUCUGGGGGGAAUGGCCCUAGCCCUCACCCUCUGAUCCAACAGGUCCCAGAUGUGGUCAAUGGGAUUGAGAUCCGGGCUCUUCGCUGGCCAUGGCAGAACACUGACAUUCCUGUCUUGCAGGAAAUCACGCACAGAACGAGCAGUAUGGCUGGUGGCAUUGUCAUGCUGAAGGGUAAUGUCAGGAUGAGCCUGCAGGAAGGGUACCACAUGAGGGAGGAGGAUGUCUUCCUUGUAACACACAGCAUUGAGAUUGCCUGCAAUGACUACAAGCUCAGUCCGAUGAUGCUGUGACACACCGCCACAGACCAUGACGGACCCUCCACCUCCAAAUCGAUCCUGCUCCAGAGUACAGGGCUCGGUGUAACGCUCAUUCCUUCAACGAUAAAUGCGAAUCCUACCAUCACCCCUGGUGAGACAAAACCGGGACUUGUCAGUGAAGAGCACUUUUUGCCCGUCCUGUCUGGUCCAGCGACGGUGGGUUUGUCCCCAUAGGCGACGUUGUUGCAGGUGAUGUCUGGUGAGAACAGGCCUACAAGCCCUCAGUCCAGCCUCUCUCAGCCUAUUGCAGACAGUCUGUGCACUGAUGGAGGGAUUGUGCAUUCCUGGUGUAACUCGGGCAGUUGUUGCCAUCCUGAACCUGUCCCGCAGGUGUGAUAUUCGGAUGUACCGAUCCUGUGCAGGUGUUGUUACACGUGGUCUGCCAAUGCGAGGACGAUCAGCUGUCCGUCCUGUCUCCCUGUAGUGCUGUCUUAGGUGUCUCACAGUACGGACAUUGCAAUUUAUUGCCCUGGCCACAUCUGCAGUCCUCAUGCCUCCUUGCGGCAUGCCUAAGGCACAUUCACUCAGAUGAGCAGGGACCCUGGGCAUCUUUCUUUUGGUGUUUUUCAGAGUCAGUAGAAAGGCCUCUUUUUAGUGUCCUAAGUUUUCAACUGUGACCUUAAUUGCGUACCGUCUGUAAGCUGUUAGUGUCUUAACGACCGUUCCACAGGUGCAUGUUCAUUAAUUGUUUAUGGUUAAUUGAACAAGCAUGGGAAACGGUGUUUAAACCCUUUACAAUGAAGAUCUGUGAAGUUGUUUGUGUUUUUAUGAAUUAUUCAGUGAGCUUAUAUAUAUAUAUAUAUAUAUAUACAUACAUACAUACAUACAUACAUACAUACAGUGGGGGAAAAAAGUAUUUAGUCAGCCACCAAUUGUGCAAGUUCUCCCACAUAAAAAGAUGAGAGAGGCCUGUAAUUUUCAUCAUAGGUACACGUCAACUAUGACAGACAAAAUGAGAAAAAAAAAUCCAGAAAAUCACAUUGUAGGAUUUUUAAUGACUUUAUUUGCAAAUUAUGGUGGAAAAUAAGUAUUUGGUCAAUAACAAAAGUUUCUCAAUACUUUGUUAUAUACCCUUUGUUGGCAAUGACACAGGUCAAACGUUUUCUAUAAGUCUUCACAAGGUUUUCACACACUGUUGCUGGUAUUUUGGCCCAUUCCUCCAUGCAGAUCUCCUCUAGAGCAGUGAUGUUUUGGGGCUGUCGCUGGGCAACACAGACUUUCAACUCCCUCCAAAGAUUUUCUAUGGGGUUGAGAUCUGGAGACUGGCUAGGCCACUCCAGGACCUUGAAAUGCUUCUUACGAAGCCACUCCUUCGUUGCCCGGGCGGUGUGUUUGGGAUCAUUGUCAUGCUGAAAGACCCAGCCACGUUUCAUCUUCAAUGACCUUGCUGAUGGAAGGAGGUUUUCACUCAAAAUCUCACGAUACAUGGCCCCAUUCAUUCUUUCCUUUACACAGAUCAGUCAUCCUGGUCCCUUUGCAGAAAAACUGCCCCAAUGCAUGAUGUUUCCACCCCCAUGCUUCACAGUAGGUAUGGUGUUCUUUGGAUGCAACUCAGCAUUCUUUGUCCUCCAAACACGACGAGUUGAGUUUUUACCAAAAAGUUCUAUUUUGGUUUCAUCUGACCAUAUGACAUUCUCCCAAUCCUCUUCUGGAUCAUCCAAAUGCACUCUAGCAAACUUCAGACGGGCCUGGACAUGUACUGGCUUAAGCAGGGGGAUACGUCUUGCACUGCAGGAUUUGAGUCCCUGGCGGCGUAGUGUGUUACUGAUGGUAGGCUUUGUUACUUUGGUCCCAGCUCUCUGCAGGUCAUUCACUAGGUCCCCCCGUGUGGUUCUGGGAUUUUUGCUCACCGUUCUUGUGAUCAUUUUGACCCCACGUGGUGAGAUCUUGCGUGGAGCCCCAGAUCGAGGGAGAUUAUCAGUGGUCUUGUAUGUCUUCCAUUUCCUAAUAAUUGCUCCCACAGUUGAUUUAUUCAAACCAAGCUGCUUACCUAUUGCAGAUUCCGUCUUCCCAGCCUGGUGCAGGUCUACAAUUUUGUUUCUGGUGUCCUUUGACAGCUCUUUGGUCUUGGCCAUAGUGGAGUUUGGAGUGUGACUGUUUGAGGUUGUGGACAGGUGUCUUUUAUACUGAUAACAAGUUCAAACAGGUGCCAUUAAUACAGGUAAUGAGUGGAGGACAGAGGAGCCUCUUAAAGAAGAAGUUACAGGUCUGUGAGAGCCAGAAAUCUGGCUUGUUUGUAGGUGACCAAAUACUUAUUUUCCACCAUAAUUUGCAAAUAAAAUCAUUAAAAAUCCUACAAUGUGAUUUUCUGGGGGAAAAAAUGCUCAAUUUGUCUGUCAUAGUUGACGUGUACCUAUGAUGAAAAUUACAGGCCUCUCUCAUCUUUUUAAGUGGGAGAACUUGCACAAUUGGUGGCUGACUAAAUACUUUUUUCCCCCCACUGUGUGUGUAUAUAUAUAUAUAUGAUACACACAGUGAGGGGGAAAAAGUAUUUGAUCCCCUGCUGAUUUUGUACAUUUGCCCACUGACGAAGACAUGAUCAGUCUAUAAUUUUAAUGGUAGAUUUAUUUGAACAGUGAGAGACAGAAUAACAACUAAAAAAUCCAGAAAAACGCAUGUCAAAACUGUUAUGAAUUGAUUUGCAUUUUAAUGAGGGAAAUAAGUAUUUGACCCCUCUGCAAAACAUGACUUAGUACUUGGUGGCAAAACCCUUGUUGACAAUCACAGAGGUCAGACGUUUCUUGUAGUUGGCCACCAGGUUUGCACACAUCUCUGGAGGGAUUUUGUUCCACUCCUCUUUGCAGAUCUUCUCCAAGUCAUUAAGGUUUCGAGGCUGACGUUUGGCAACUCAAACCUUCAGCUCCUUCCACAGAUUUUCUAUGGGAUUAAGGUCUGGAGACUGCCUAGGCCACUCCAGGACCUUAAUGUGCUUCUUCUUGAGCCACUACUUUGUUGCCUUGGCUGUGUGUUUUGGGUCAUUGUCAUGCUGGAAUACCCAUCCACGACCCAUUUUCAAUGCCCUGGCUGAGGGAAGGAGGUUCUCACCCAAGAUUUGACGGUACAUGGCCCUGUCUAUCGUCCCUUUGAUGCGGUGAAGUUGUCCUGUCCCCUUAGCAGAAAAACACCCCCAAAGCAUAAUGUUUCCACCUCCAUGUUUGACGGUGGGGAUGGUGUUAUUGGGGUCAUAGGCAGCAUUCCUCCUCCGCCAAACAAGUUGAAUUGAUGCCAAAGAGCUCGAUUUUGGUCUCAUCUGACCACAAUACUUUCACCCAGUUCUCCUCUGAAUCAUUCAGAUGUUCAUUGGCAAACUUCAGACGGCCCUGUAUAUGUGCUUUCUUGAGCAGGGGGACCUUGCGGGCGCUGCAGGAUUUCAGUCCUUCACGGCGUAGUGUGUUACCAAUUGUUUUCUUGGUGACUAUGGUCCCAGCUGCCUUGAGAUCAUUGCCAAGAUCCUCCCGUGUAGUUCUGGGCUGAUUCCUCACCGUUCUCAUUAUAUCAUUGCAACUCCACAAGGAGAGAUCUUGCAUGGAGCCCCAGGCCGAGGGAGAUUGACAGUUCUUUUGUGUUUCUUCCAUUUGCGAAUAAUCGCACCAACUGUUGUCACCUUCUCACCAAGCUGCUUGGCGAUGGUCUUGUAGCCCAUUCCAGCCUUGUGUAGGUCUACAAUCUUGUCCCUGACAUCCUUGGAGAGCUCUUUGGUCUUGGCCAUGGUGGAGAGUUUGGAAUCUGAUUGAUUGAUUGCUUCUGUGGACAGGUGUAUUUUAUAAGGUAACAAGCUGAGAUUAGGAGGACUCCCUUUAAGAGUGUGCUCCUAAUCUCAGCUCGUUACCUGUAUAAAAGACACCUGGGAGUACUUAUACUUAUUUCCCUCAUUAAAAUGCAAAUCAAUUUAUAACAUUUUUGACAUGCGUUUUUCUGGAUUUUGUUGUUGCUAUUCUGUCUCUCACUGUUCAAAUAAACCUACCAUUAAAAUUAUAGACUGAUCAUUUCUUUGUCAGUGGGCAAACGUACAAAAUCAGCAGGGGAUCAAAUACUUUUUUCCCUCAUUGUGUAUACAUACAGUGGGGAGACCAAGUAUUUGAUACACUGCCGAUUUUGCAGGUUUACCUACUUACAAAGCAUGUAGAGGUCUGUAAUUUGUAUCAUAGGUACACUUCAACUGUGAGAGACGGAAUCUAAAACAAAAAUCCAGAAAAUCACAUUGUAUGAUUUUUAAGUAAUUAAUUUGCAUUUUAUUGCAUGACAUAAGUAUUUGAUACAUCAGAAAAGCAGAACUUAAUAUUUGGUACAGAAACCUGUGUUUGCAAUUACAGAGAACAUACGUUUCCUGUAGGUCUUGACCAGGUUUGCACACACUGCAGCAGGGAUUUUGGCCCACUCCUCCACACAGACCUUCUCCACAUCCUUCAGGUUUCAGGGCUGUCGCUGGGCAAUACAGACUUUCAGCUCCCUCCAAAGAUUUUCUAUUGGGUUCAGGUCUGGAGACUGGCUAGGCCACUCCAGGACCUUGAGAUGCUUCUUACGGAGCCACUCCUUAGUUGCCCUGGCUGUGUGUUUUGGGUCGUUGUCAUGCUGGAAGACCCAACCACGACCCAUCUUCAAUGCUCUUACUGAGGGAAGGAGGUUGUUGGCCAAGAUCUUGCGAUACAUGGCCCCAUCCAUCUUUCCCUCAAUACAGUGCAGUCGUCCUGUCCCCUUUGCAGAAAAGCAUCCCCAAAUAAUGAUGUUUCCACCUCCAUGCUUCACGGUUGGGAUGGUGUUCUUGGGGUUGUACUCAUCCUUCUUCUUCCUCCAAACACGGCGAGUGGAGGUUAGACCAAAAACCUCUAUUUUUGUCUCAUCAGACCACAUGACCUUCUCCCAUUCCUCCUCUGGAUCAUCCAGAUGGUCAUUGGCAAACUUCAGACGGGCCUGGACAUGCGCUGGCUUGAGCAGGGGGACCUUGCGUGCGCUGCAGGAUUUUAAUCCAUGACGGCAUAGUGUGUUACUAAUGGUUUUCUUUGAGACUGUGGUCCCAGCUCUCUUCAGGUCAUUGACCAGGUCCUGCCGUGUAGUUCUGGGCUGAUCCCUCACCUUCCUCAUGAUCAUUGAUGCCCCACGAGGUGAGAUCUUGCAUGGAGCCCCAGACCGAGGGUGAUUGACCGUCAUCUUGAACUUCUUCCAUUUUCUAAUAAUUGCGCCAACAGUUGUUGCCUUCUCACCAAGCUGCUUGCCUAUUGUCCUGUAGCCCAUCCCAGCCUUGUGCAGGUCUACAAUUUUAUCCCUGAUGUCCUUACACAGCUCUCUGGUCUUGGCCAUUGUGGAGAGGUUGGAGUCUGUUUGAGUGUGUUGACAGGUGUCUUUUAUACAGGUAACGAGUUCAAACAGGUGCAUUUAAUACAGGUAAUGAGUGGAGAACAGGAGGGCUUCUUAAAGAAAAACUAACAGGUCUGUGAGAGCCGGAAUUCUUACUAGUUGGUAGGUGAUCAAAUACUUAUGUCAUGCAAUAAAAUGCAAAUUAAUUACUUAAAAAUCAAACAAUGUGAUUUUCUGGAUUUUUUAUUUAGAUUCAAUCUCUCACAGUUGAAGUGUACCUAUGAUAAAAAAUUACAGACCUCUACAUGCUUUGUAAGUAGGAAAACCUGCAAAAUCUGCAGUGUAUCAAAUACUUGUUCUCCCCACUGUACAUACACUCACACUCUCUCUCUCUCUCUCUACCGGUCAAAAGUUUUAGAACACCUACUCAUUCAAGGGUUUUUAUUUUUAUUAUUUUCUACAUCGUAGAAUGAUAGUGAAGACAUCAAAAGUAUGAAAUAACACAUAUGGAAUCAUGUAGUAACCAAAAAAGUGUUAAACAAAUAAAAAUAUAUUUUAUAUUUGAGAUUCUUCAAAUAGCCACCCUUUGCCUUGAUGACAGCUUUGCACACUCUUGGCAUUCUUUCAACCAGCUUCACCUGGAAUGCUUUUCCAACAGUCUUGAAGGAUUUCCCACAUAUGCUGAGCACUUGUUGGCUGCGCUUCCUUCACUCUGCGGUUGGACUCAUCCCAAACCAUCUCAAUUUGGUUGAGGUCUGGGGAUUGUGGAGGCCAGGUCAUCUGAUGCAGCACUCCUUCACUCUCCUUGGUAAAAUAGCCCUUACAUAGCCUGGAGGUGUGUUGGGUCAUUGUCCUGUUGAAAAACAAAUGAUAGUCCCACUAAACCCAAACCAGAUGGGAUGGCGUAUCGCUGCAGAAUGCUGUGGUAGCCAUGCUGGUUAAGUGUGCCUUGAAUUCUAAAUAAAUCACAGACAGUGUCACCAGCAAAGCACCCCCACACCAUAACAUCACCUCCUCCAUGCUUUAUGGUGGGAAAUACACAUGCUGAUAUUAUCCGUUCACCCACACCGCGUCUCACAAAGACACGGCGGUUGGAACAAAUCUCAAAUUUAGACUCCAGACCAAAGGACAGAUUUCUACAGGUCUAAUGUCCAUUGCUCUUGUUUCUUGGCCCAAGCAAGUCUCUUCUUCUUUUUGGUGACCUUUUAGUAGUGGUUUCUUUGCUGCAAUUCGAUCAGGAAAGCCUGAUUUCACACAGUCUCCUCUGAACAGUUGAAGUUGAUGUGUCUGUUACUUGAAGUCUGUGGAGCAUUUAUUUGGGCUGCAAUUUCUGAGGUUGGUAACUCUAAAGAACUUGUCCUCUGCAUCAGAGGUAACUCUGGGUCUUCCUUUCCUGUGGCCGUCCUCAUGAGAGCCAGUUUCAUCAUAGCGCUUGAUGGUUUUUGCGACUGCUCUUAAAGAAACGUUCAAAGUUCUUGAAAUGUUCCUUAUUGACUGACUUUCAUGUCUUAAAGUAAUGAUGGAUUGUUGUUUCUCUUUGCUUAUUUGAGCUGUUCUUGCCAUAAUAUGGACUUGGUCUUUUACCAAAUAGGGCUAUCUUCUGUAUACCCCCCCACCCCCUACCUUGUCACAACACAACUGAUUGGCUCAAACACAUUAAGAAGGAAAGAAAUUUCACAAAUUAACUUUUAACAUUGGGACACCUGUUAAUUGAAAUGCAUUCCAGGUGAGGCUCGCUACUACAAGACCAUGGUGCUUGCCUACGGAGCUGUGAGGGGAACGGCACCUCCUUACCUUCAGGCUCUGAUCAGACCCUACACCCAAACGAGGGCACUACGUUCAUCCACCUCUGGCCUGCUAGCCCCCCUACCUCUACGGAAGCACAGUUCCCGCUCAGCCCAGUCAAAGCUAUUUGCUGCUCUGGCACACCAAUGGUGAAACAAGCUCCCCCACGACGCCAGGACAGCGGAGUCAAUGACCACCUUCCAGAGAUACUUGAAACCCUAUCUCUUUACGGAAUACCUGGAAUAGUAUAUAAGUAACCAUUCUACCCUCCCCCACCCCCCCAUAAAAAAAAAAAAGUGGUUGUCCCACUGGCUAUCAUAAGUUGAAUGCACCAAUUUGUAAGUCGCUCUGGAUAAGAGCGUCUGCUAAAUGUAAAUGUGACUACCUCAUGAAGCUGGUUGAGAGAAUGCCAAGAGUGUACAAAGCUGCCAUCAAGGCAAAGGGGGGGAUAUUUGAAGAAUCUCAAAUAUAUACAUACACACAGAACAACAAUAUAAACGCAACAUGUAAAGUGUUGGUCCCAUGUUUCAUGAGCUUAAAUAAAAGAUCCCAGAAAUGUUCCAUACGCACAAAAAUAUUAUGUAUCUCAAAUGUUGUUAAACAUUUGUUUACAUCCCCGUUGGUGAGCAUUUGCCAACAUAAUCCAUCCACCUGACAGGUGUUGCAUAUCAAGAAGCUGAUUAAACUGCAUGAUCAUUACACAGGUGCACCUUGUGCUGGGGACAAUAAAAGGCCACUCUAAAAUGUGCACUUUUGUCACACAUCACAAUGCCACAGAUGUCUCAAGUUUUGAGGGACUGUGCAAUUGGCAUGCUGACUGCAGGAAUGUCCACCAGAACUGUUGCCAGAGAAUUGAAUGUUAAUUUCGCUAUGUCGUUUUUAGAGAAUUUGGCAGUAGGUCCAACUGGCCUCACAACCGCAGACCACGUGUAACUAUGCCUAUGCCCUCCCAGGCCCACCCAUGGCAGCACCCCUGCCCAGUCAUGUGAAAUCCAUAGAUUAGGGCCUAAUGAAUUUGUUUCAAUUGACUGAUUUCCUUAAAUGAACUGUAACUCAGUAAAACCGUUGAAGUGGUUGCAUUUAUAUUUUUGUUCUGUGUGUGUGUAUAUUGUUGCCUGUCUAGCAGAGCACGGAGGGUGCUCUUUAAUGGAAGCCUCUCCCAUUAAUUAAUUGGCUAUAGGUCGUAUUUCAUCUAAAUCUGGAAACACUGGGCAGUUACUUUAACUCUCUGAGUGCAGAAGAACCAGCUCUUUUGGUGAAGUGGCAAAAUUGUGAAUACUGUCUGGAAAUUCAUUGUUCAUUUGAAAAUUAUCUCUAGGGCACAGAGUUCAUGGACAACCUUGCAAAGUGUCUCCGUUACUACGUUGCAGAGAGACUCAGUAAUGACCCUGGAUGGCGUAACAUUACAGUAAGUAUUAUUCUGAGAAGGUGAUGGCAUCUCUGCAAAAGACCACAACAAUUUCUAAUGCAUUGGUGCUAUUUAAUUUAUAAAAGAUUGGACUUAUUUCCACCAUGUCAAAGCUUGCUUUUUUUAAGUGUUGUUGGUCUGUUCUACUCAGUUAAGGCCUAGAACAUUUCUCAAGAAGUGCGUCUUUUCUUGGAAAUUAAACAAAGGUCAGGUCUGACACUGUCAUAUGCAUUCAAUAUUGCUAUCAUUGCUCAUAUGAAAACUUUCUUUGUUCAUUCUAGGUAAUCUUGUCUGAUGCCAGUGUCCCUGGUGAAGGGGAGCAUAAGAUCAUGGACUAUAUCAGACGACAGAGAGGUAUGAGUCAAGAGUUUUCAGUAUGUGGUUAUUGACCAUUUGAAGGUCAUUUGUGACAGUUACAAAUAGCCUUCCAUAUUAGUGCAAUUUUUUGUUCAAGCUCUGCAAUAACAUGUAAGCUAACUAUAUGGAAUGACGCGUUUCUUUUUUUACAGCUCAGCCCCACCAUGACCCCAACACACACCACUGUCUUUGUGGAGCUGACGGUAAGCUUUGCACCACAAUGGUCUCUCGGUAGUAAAGAGUAACCAACACGAUGGGAUAAAAUUGAGCAUUAACAGCAAGAGCUCUUCCAAAAAGCUGUGCUUCAUGUAUCCUUCAAAGUAUUGUUUAUUAAUGAGAGCACGAUGAAUGCAGACAUGAUGCAAAUUAGAUCCCGCAAUUACUGUAGGAAAGACUUGUGUCAAACCAACUUUAAAUCUUCUAAAUGAUAAUAAUAUAAUAUGCCAUUUAGCAGACGCUUUUAUCCAAAGCGACUUACAGUCAUGUGUGCAUACAUUUUUACGUAUGGGUGGUCCCGGGGAUCGAACCCACUACCCUGGCGUUAGAAGUGCCAUGCUCUACCAAUUGAGCUACAGAGGACCACAAAUGCACUAUGAUACCUAUUCAGAUUUUGAUAAAGAAAAGUUGUCAAUAAUUGUAGGGCACACAAUGUUACCUUAUUGAGCCUGACGGGCAAAAGACCUGUGAUUGACCGUGAUAAUGUAUGUUUGUUUUUCUAAGACGAUGGCUAAGAAUUCAGUUAUGCACCUUAACUGCAGACUAUGCUUUACUGAAUGUUUAUCGAUAUAGUGAAUAUAAACAUGUUCUUACACUUGUUUAAAAGUUUGGCAACAUUAGUUGCAACUCUCCCACCUUGGAUAUUGUUAGAGGAUAGGGUUCUCUGUUUUCUGCCGGCCUUAUUGUCCUGCUAUAUUAAUGGCCAGUUAGUUUUAAAUGGGUGAAAUUAUGCAGGACAUGAUAGAUAAAGGCUUCAGUCGUUCAAUGGUUCAUGAUGCCCUUGGUAGACAAAAGAGGGAAAAUAUUGCACGUAAUUAGCUUGAAGAGGAGCCUGAUGCAUUCAGCCUUUCACAAAUGGCACCCUAUUCCCUAUAUAGUGCAGUACUUUUGUCCAGGGCACUUAGGGCUCUGGUCAAAAGUAGUGCACUAUGUUGGGAAUAGGGUGGCAUUUUGGGUGAAGCUUCACUCCCCUCAAAUGGAUAAAUCAUGCUAUUGUACGUGUAUAUUAACAACGUGGAUAAUAAUGCAUGCAUGGCUCAUGUGUUCUAGGUAAUUUAAUUAACAUAAAGCCUUAGAAACCUGAGUUUAUUGUUCCUGUGACCAUGUAUAAAACGCAGUACUUUAGAGCUGUUUUAAGCCUUUCAGUGUAUUUCAAGGUUUUCUGUUUGCACAAAAACCCCGAUCAAGGCCUAGGGCUGAAACUUAUUGGUUUUACAUUUAACAACAAAUAAGCUCUUUCAUCAACUACCACUGUCCUUCCAGAGUUGCUGAAUUUCCUCUUCACUUCUGAUUGUAUAUUUUGAAUUUGGAUGUCCUCUUCUGUUCAUUUCCCUAGCUGACCUGAUCAUGCUGGGUCUUGCCACUCACGAGCCCAAUUUCACCAUCAUCAGAGAGGAGUUCAAGCCUAACCAGCCUAGGCCCUGUGCUAUGUGUGGACAGAAAGGCCAUGAGAUCAAGGACUGCCAGGGAGUGGCCAGGGAGAAACAGGGAGAGGUACAUUGAUUUAUAGCCAUCAUGGUUGGGGUCAAUUCCACAUUAAAUUCUCUCUCCCUGUACAUUUCGUUCAAUUUAAAUUCCAGGUCAGUCUUUUAAUUCUGAUAAUUAAAUUCCUCUGAAUUCCAAUGUUGGGUAAAUUCCAAUAGUUAAAUGUCCAAUUCAAUGUUAUCCCCAACAAUUCCUCAAAUUAAUUUCCUUCAGUCUGAGCAUGUUACUCUUCAGACAGCCUAGCUAUACUGGAAAUAUAGGAAAGUCCAGUCUAAUUCCAUAACUGGAAGCAUUUUUUAAUUCUAAUUUAAUUCAACUUAAAUUCUCCACUUCAUGAGGGAAAUCAAGAAUUGAAUAGGAAUUUUAAAUGAAAUUGGAAUUGACCCCAAACUCAAUGGAGAAUGUAGCAGAUGCCCAUAGACUUCCUGUCAUUGCGCUAAUGAUAGUUAGCAUUGGCACGCUAAACUACCUUCAUACUGGACACAGACACAAAAAUGGUAUCCUCGAGUUCAUCUGACUCGGAGGAAGUAGAUCAAAUCCCGAAGUAUCCUUUUAAGGGCCAUUUUCACGGACACAGACUAAGCCUAUUCUUGAACUAAAAUGCAUUUUCAAUGGAGAUUCUCCGUUGAGUUUGGUUUUUAGUCCAGGUCUAUGCUUAAUCUGUGCCAAGUAAACCGCCCCCCAAAAAGUGUACAUUACAUUUGCUCUCCGUGUUAUGAGCGAUGAUGACUAAUAUUUUCUUCUUAUUGCAGCAUGAUGAGUUUGCAGACACUAUGCCGGCUUCUGAACAGGAGUUCAUAUUCAUCAGGCUGUGCGUUUUGCGCGAGGUACGUUCUGUAUCAGACAUCUUAGAAUUUCUUUAAAAACUGCUACAUUUUUUAUGGUCAUGUAACUAUACUGAACAAAAAUAUAAACGCAACAAUUUCAAAGAUUUUACUGAUUUACCGUUCAUAUAAGGAAAUCAGUCAAUUGAAAAAAAAUCUCAUUAGGCCCUAAUUUAUGGAUUUCACAUGACUGGGCAGGGGUGCAGCCAUAGGCCCACCCACUUGGCAGCCAGGCACACCCACUGGGGAGCCAGGCCCAGCCAAUCAGAGUUAGUUUUUGAUUGAUUCUUUAUGACAGACCAAAAUAUCCCCCCCCCCCAAAAAAAAUCUCUAAAAUGACGUUGGAGGCGGCUUAUUGUAGAGAAAUGAACAUUAAAUUCUCUGGCAACAGCUCUGGUGGACAUUCCUGCAGUCAGCAUGCCAAUUGCACGCUCCCUCAAAACUUGAGACAUCUAUGGCAUUGUGUUGUGUGACAAAACUGCUCAUUUUAGUGGUCCUUUUAUUGUCCCCAGCACAAGGUGCACCUGUGUAAUGAUCAUGCUGUUUAAUCAGCUUUUUGCCACACUUGUCAGGUGGAUGGAUUGUCUUGGCCAAGGAGAAAUGCUCACUUAACAGGGAUGCAAUAAAGUUUGUGCACAAAAGUUGAGAAAUAAGCUUUUUGUGUGUAUUGAACAUUUCUGGGAUUUUUUUAAAUUUCAGCUCAUGAAACAUGGGACCAACACUUUACGUUGCGUUUAUAUUUUUGUUCUGCGUAGUUAUUGCCUCUAUGUUCCGUUGUGCUGGUGUUGGUAGUAUCAUUUACAUUUGAGUCAUUUAGCAGACGCUCUUAUCCAGAGCGACUUACAGUUAGUGAGUGCAUACAUUUUCAUACUGGCCCCCCCCGUGGGAAUCGAACCCACAACCCUCGCGUUGCAAGCGCCAUGCUCUACCAACUGAGCUACACGGGACCAAUGUCUGAUAUGUUAUCAUUGAAUGUGGUGUUAGAUGAUGUGUUGAUGAAAGGUUGUGAUGUAACACGUUAUGGGAGUCUCACAUCCUAGCAGGCUUGCCGUCACACCCCCAGUAGUUUGCCAGCCAGGUCAUGUCCAGAAAGAAAGACACUGGCUUUGUUUUCCGGUAGUAUGUGUGAAAUAUGUCCUUGACUUCAGAUCGAAAUGAGAUGAGACAUGUGUCUCCACUGUAAAAAAAUAAAAAUCUGUUUAUCAAGGUAUGCUUCCUUUUCCUACAGUACCUGGAGCGAGAGCUGACAAUGGCCAGUCUGCCCUUUCCAUUUGACUUUGAGAGGACUGUCGACGACUGGGUCUUCAUGUGCUUCUUCGUUGGCAAUGAUUUCCUGCCUCACUUACCGUCCUUAGAGAUUAGGUAAACCUGACGGAACUGAGAUUAAGCUUAUCGUCUUGAAAACACCUUGACAAAAAUACAUUCUUGCUGUUUCCAUACAUUUCAAUUGUUGAUAGUACGUUCCAUGUGUCUUUCAGAGAGGGUGCGAUAGAUCGACUGGUGGGCAUCUACAAAGACGUCGUGCACAAGACUGGGGUAAGUGUUUUCAGUGUAGGCUUGGGUAUGUCUGACUGUCUCACAUGGGGUUUUAGGAGAUGUUACAUAGAACCCCUCCUCCCCCAGAGGUUUUGUGGCAGUUUCCCAAACUGAUUGAGCCUAGACCUGGACUAAAAUGUAUGCUAAAUGGAAAUUCUCCACUGAAAUCGUUUUUUAGUCUAGGACUAGGUUUAAUCUGUGUCUGGGAAACCGGCCCUUAAAGCUGUCCUGACUUCCUUGCCCAGGUGCCUGUUCAUAGCCUUUAAUAUGUUCUUUCUCUCCUCACAGGGCUACAUCACAGAGAAUGGUUUUGUCAACUUGGAGAGUGUUGAGUUGAUCAUGCAGGCAAUCGGCGUGGCUGAGGACAACAUCUUCAAGAAGCGCAAAGAGGACGAUGUAAGAUGGUAGCUGGAUGAGCAGUAGCUUUCAGCAGGGAAAUGAUUCCUGUUGAAUAGAUCAUAUUCUUCCUUUGCUAAACUGAGGGGUGGGAGAUUUUCCAUAGGAUUUACAUUAAUCAUGGCUUGGUCAUUGACACUCAGCUGUCAUUUAAGCUAGUUUAGCAGAUGCCAAUCUUCCUGUAAUUUGCUGAACUUUUCCUGUUGACUGUUUGUGUAAAUAAUGAGCUUUGUCUUGUAGGAGGGGUUCAAGCGAAGGAACAAGGAGAAAAAGAAGAGGAUGAAGGUAAGUGGAAUGGAUGUGUGCCUAUGUUAUUGUAGCUUGACUUUGUACUGUGGUUUUAAUAAUAAAUAAUAAUAUGCGAUUUGGCAGACGCUUUUAUCCAAAGCGACUUACAGUCAUGUUUUGAAUGAACCGCUUUACUCCUUACCUUCAUGUUUUCUUUGAAUUAUGACUGUGCAUGCAAGGCCAUUUAUUUCAAUGGGCAAUUAAACUAUUUUUUCUGAUUUAUACUGUUGAUGUGGCAUCGCUGUGUAUUGUUCGAAACGUUUCCUCAAUGGAUGUUUUAAAUCAGGGAUGCACGACUCUGGCCCUUGAGGUCUGCUGUAUUGUAUGCCAGUUUUCUUACUUGCUUUUUUGGACAAUGACAGAUUUUUAGACCUAGGAAACCAAAGGUGUGUGCAAGAUUUGUAAAACCAGUAAUUGGGAAACCAGUGACUUCAUGGGCCAAUUUCACAGACUCAUAUUAAGCCUGGGGGCGGCGGGUAGCCUGGUAGGUAGGAGCGUUAGGCCAGUAACCAGUAAACGUUUGCUGGAUCGAAUCCCCGAGCCGACAAGGUAAAAAUCUGUUGUUCUGCCCCUGGGCAAGGCAGUUAAACCCCAACAACUGCACCGAUGAUGUGGAUGUCGGUUAAGGCAGCCCCACCACACCUCUCUGAUUCAGAGGGGUUGGGUUAAAUGUGGAUGACACGUUUCAGUUGUACAACUGACCAGGUAUCCCCCUUUCUCUUUCAACUGCCUAGUCCUGGUCUAAGAAGAUCUUUCAAUUGAGAAAACUCUGAUCCUGGAGAGUUACCCUCCUGUAGGUUUUCGCUCCCACCCCAGUUGUAACUAAGCUGAUUCGGCUUAUCAUUAAAAUCAGGUGCGCUAGAUCAGGGUUUUAGUUCAAACCUACAGGACGGUAGCUCUCCAGGAACAUGGUUGUAGAGCCCUGGUCUAGGACUAGGCUUAAUCUGUGUCAUGGAAACCGACCCAAAUAGUUCAACUAACUGUUAAUUUGUGUGUGUUCCCUAGGCUCAGCAGCAAGGCCCAGCCUACAUGACCGGUGGUCAGUUUGCCCCCCAGGCCCUUGGUGGCAGAGGCAGACCUGGGGUUGUCCAGAACGCCCGGCACCAAGCCUUCGACAUGAGGAUGCAGGGCAGGGACCAGCACAACAAGGUAUGAUGGUGGGCUUAUCAGGGGGAUUUUGUUUCUGGUCAACGGUGCAAGGAAAAAGCCACCUAUUAUCCACUAUUAAAAUCCAACUUUAUUUGUCAUAUGCAUUGGAUACAGCGUAGUGUACAGUCGUGGUCAAAAGUUUUGAGAAUGACACACAUACUAAUUUUCACAAAGUCUGCUGCCUCAGUUUUGAUGAUGGCAAUUUGCAUAUACUCCAGAAUGUCAUGAGUGAUCAGAUGAAUAGCAAUGAAUUAAGUCCCUCUUUGCCAUGAAAAUGAACUUAAUCCCCCAAAAAAACAUUUCCACUGCAUUUCAGCCCUGCCACAAAAGGACCAGCUGCCAUCAUGUCAGUGAUUCUCUCGUUAACACAGGUCAAGGCUGGAGAUCACUCUGUCAUGCUGAUUGAGUUAGAAUAACAGACUGGAAGCUUUAAAAGGAGGGUGGUGCUUGAAAUCAUUGUUCUUCCUCUGUUAACCAUGGUUACCUGCAAGGAAACACGUGCCGUCAUCAUUGCUUUGCACAGAAAGGGCUUCACAAGCAAGGAUAUUGCUGCUAGUAAGAUUGCACCUAAAUCAACCAUUUAUCGGAUCAUCAAGAACUUCAAGGAGAGCGGUUCAAUUUUUGUGAAGAAGGCGUCAGGGCGCCCAAGAAAGUCCAGCAAGCGCCAGGACCGUCUCCUAAAGUUGAUUCAGCCUCGGGAUUGGGGCACCACCAGUGUAGAGCUUGCUCAGGAAUGGCAGCAGGCAGGUGUGAGUGCAUCUGCACGCACAGUGAGGCGAAGACUUUUGGAGCAUGGUCUGGUGUCAAGAAGGGUAGCAAAGAAGCCACUUCUCUCCAGGAAAAACAUUAGGGACAGACUAUUCUGCAAAAGGUACAGGAAUUGGACUGCUGAGGACAGGGGUAAAGUCAUUUUCUGAUGAAUCCUCUUUCCGAUUGUUUGGGGCAUCCGGAAAACACCUUGUCCGGAGAAGACAAGGUGAGCGCUACCAUCAGUCCUGUGUCAUGCCAACAGUAAAGCGUCCUGAGACCAUUCAUGUGUGGGGUUGCUUCUCAGCCAAGGGAGUAGGCUCACUCACAAUUUUGCCUAAGAACACAGCCAUGAAUAAAGAAUGGUACCAACACCUCCUCCGAUAGCAACUUCUCCCAACCAUCCAAGAACAGUUUGGUGAUGAACAUUGCCUUUUCCAGCAUGAUGGAACACCUUGCCAUAAGGCAAAAGUGAUAACUAAGUGGCUCGGGGAACAAAACAUCGACAUUUUGGGUCCCUGGCCAGGAAACUCCCCAGACCUUAAUCCCAUUGAAAACUUGUGGUCGAUCCUCAAGAGGCGGGUGGACAAACAAAACCCCACCUAUUCUGACAAACUCCAAACAUUGAUUAUGCAAAAAUGGGCUGCCAUCAGUCAGGAGGUGGCCCUGAAGUUAAUUGACAGCAUGUCAGGGUGGAUUGCAGAGGUCUGAAAAAGAAGGGUCAACACUGCAAAUAUUGACUCUUUGCAUAAGCUUAAUGUAAUUGUCAAAAGCCUUUGACACUUAUGGAAUGCUUGUAAUUAUACUUCAGUAUACCAUAGUAACAUCUGACAAAAAUAUCUCAUAACACUGAAGCAGCGAACUUUGUGAAGACCAAUACUUGUGUCAUUCUCAACUUUUGACGACGACUGUACACAGUACAAUGAGAUGCUUACUCGCAAGCUCUCCGCGCAGUGAACAUCUAUACGAAUGUUGAGGUGUUAGGGCGAUAUAGGACACUUAUACAAUUUUUAUAGGUAAUUAAAGAUGUCUUUUUAUUUCAGGAUGCUGCGCAAUCACUAAAAGCCAUGAUGAAGAAUGGUGGCCAGGUAUGCCUCCACUGAUUACCUUCCGUUUUGUAGUGAUUUGAAAACUGGACUAGAAUUUUACAUGGCUUGUAUUGAUCAAAUGCGGCAGAGGACUUUUGUCCAUGUUCAAGCAUUUAUGUACCUCAAGUGUGAGCGCAGUACACAUUUCCAUGUUCUAUUGAUGCUGGUCUGGGCAAAUUUUCUUUUUUUUUACAUUAAUGUACAUUGUACGAAGCUGUUAGUUCCUCUAUUCUAUUAAUGUGUUCACAAAGGAAGUGUGGCAAAGGUGAAGGGCUGCACACACUAGCUGAAUGUGUUUUAUUUUCUUAUAAAGCCCCCCCCCCCCCCCCCCUUGAAUCCUCCAUGAUGGUGGAAAUAUUGUCCACAAGAUGUAAUUUAUAAAUGAAUGAAAAAAAUAAUUUCAUAAAUAUUUGUAGUUGCUUAGCGGGUUGCUAAGGUUUCCAUCCCACAAUUUCAUGCAGAUGAAUGACCUGACGCAUACAAAGAAAGUCACGACAGGCCUUAUGGAAACGGCACAUUUGUUAGUAAAAUGUCACAAUGUCGUAACCUCAUAACAUACGGUGUUUACGUGCACAGUGAUGGGCUAUUUGCAAAUUUCCACAAAAUAUUGAGGGUAGGCCAUCAUUUGAAUGAUGCUGGUGAGAUGAUCUAUGCCUGGCUGCCAAUUAUUCUUUUGUUAAAUGAUCUUACUUUUAUCCAUACCCUGUCCACUUUAUGGACUGUCUAUAGAGCAUGCGCCAAAACCAGAUUGGUCAAGUAUGCUAUUUAUAGCAUCAGUUUAUGACAAAACCACCGGUAGAGCUGAAAAUGCAAUGGAAAGGCAUGAAACAAAUGUUUUUUUUAUUCGGAACAUUAAAACUUAAGCGCAAAAGUAAUUUUAUUUGCUAUGUCAUCACGCACAGUAUUUUAUGCGCAAAAAAGUAUGUUUGAUGGAAACACAUCUGGUGGGAAAUGUGCAUAUGUUUUCUAUGUGUGUUUUAGAAUAUUUGCACGAAAGUCUGUCGCCAAUUGGUGGAAACCGAUCUACUGACAGAUGGUUUAGGUAUAAUUAUCUUGUCUAGGCAGGGAGCAGUGACGGGCAGGACGGCCGGGGUAUGAAGCGGAAAGCUGAGGACAGCGACAGCGAGCCAGAGCCUGAGGAUAAUGUCAGGUAAAUGACUAUGCUACAGUCAGUCAACUAGGGAGUAAACCAACCAGCCUGUCAAUCAACCUGCCAACAAGGACAGUCAGUCAUCCAAGUAGCCAGUCAACCAACCAGGCAGGCCUCUCAGCAAGGGUGAUGGUCUGAUUUAUGCCUCUCCUGUGCAGCACGGGCCCCUUAGGAGCUACUCUGUGGUUUCUUACCACCUCCAACCCCCCUCCCACCCCCUCCUCCUGCCUGCAAGUUAUUAAUAUGGAAAGGAGGCAUAUUCUCAUAAAUUCGUCUGUGAUGCGCUCGCCAAGGGUGUUGAAUCCAUUGGGCUAAAUUGGUAUUCAUGGAGGCUUUCCUGUUACAAGACUGCUCUCCCUCUGGGCCAGUGUGGAGGAUGCUGCUCAUCCUUCAUUAUGUGUGUAGUGCAUCGCCAAUCUACUAAUAUGUCGAAACCAUUCAGCUACUUCCUAAAGCAGUAAACUAGUUUCUCUUCCAUGUCUUCAUGGAAAUUGACUAUGAUGAUAAUUCCCAAAUCCUGUAUGUAAGAUGAGGAAAUUGUCUCUUACUAGCUAGAAUACACUACAUGACCAAAAGUAUGUGGACACCUGCUUGUCGAACAUCUCAUUCCAAAAUCAUGGGCAUUCAAAUGGAGUUGGUCCAUUUUUUGCUGCCAUAACAGCCUCCACUCUUCUGGGAAGGCUUUCCACUAGAUGUUGGAACAUUUGCUGCUGGGACUUACUUCCAUUCAGCCACGAGCAUUAGUGAGGUCGGGCACUGAUGUUGGGCGAUUAGGACCUGGCUCGCAGUUGGCGUUCCAAUUCAUCCCAAAGGUGUUUGAUGGGGUUGAGGUUAGGGGCCUUCCCCAAACUGUUGCCACAAAGUUGGAAGCACAGAAUCGUCUCGAAUGUCAUUGUAUGCUUUAGCAUAAGAUUUCCCUUCACAGGAGCUAAGGGGCCUAGCCUGAACCAUGAAAAACAGCCCCAGAUCAUUAUUCCUCCUCCACCAAACUUUACAAUUGGCACUAUGCGUUGGGGCAGGUAGCGUUCUCCUGGCAUCCACCAAACCCAGAUUAGUCCGUCGGACUGCCAGAUGGUGAAGCGUGAUUCAACACUCCAGCCGACGCUUGGCAUUGCGCAUGGCGAUCUUAGGCUUGUGUGCGGCUGCUCGGCCAUGGAAACCCAUUUCAUGAAGCUCCCGGCGCACAGUUCUUGUGCUGACGUUGCUUUCAGAGGCAGAUUGGAACUCUGUAGUGAAUGUUGCAACAGAGGACAGACGAUUUUUACGUGCUUCAGCACUCGGCGGUCCCAUUCUGUGAGCUUGUGUGGUCUACCAAUUCGCGGCUGAGCCGUUGUUGCUCCUAGACGUUUCCACUUCACAAUAACAGCACUUACAGUUGACCGGGGCAUCUCUAGCAGGGCAGGAAUUUGACGAACUGACUUGUUGGAGAGGUGGCAUUCGAUGACUGUACCAUGUUGAAAGUCAGACUAAUUCAGUACGGACCAUGUUACUGCCAAUGUUUGUCUAUGGAGAUUUUAAAUACCUGUCAACAACAGGUAUGGCUGAUAUAGCCGAAUCCACUAAUUGGAGGCGUCCACAUACUUUUGUAUACAGUGCAUUCAAAGUAUUCAGACCCCUUAACUUUUUCCACAUUUUGUUACGUUGCAGCGUUAUUGCAAAUGUAUUACAGAUUUUUUUUAAACAUACUUUAUUUACAUAAGUAUUUAGACCCUUUGUUAUGAGACUCGAAAUUGAGCUCAGGUGCAUCCUGUUUCCAUUGAUCAUCCUUGAUGUUUCUACAACUUGAUUAGAGUCCACCUGGAGUACAUUUCAAUUGAUUUGGACAUGAUUUGGAAAGGUACACACCUGUCUAUAUAAGGUCUCACAGUUGACUGAGCAUGUCAGAGCAAAAACCAAGCCAUGAGGUCGAAGGAAUUGUCCGUAGAGCUCCAAGACAGGAUUGUGUCGGCACAGAUCUGGGGAAGGGCACCAAAACAUUUCUGCAGCAUUGAAGGUCCCGAAGAAUGCAGUGGCCUACGCCAUUCUUAAAUGGAAGAAGUUUGGAACCACCAAGACUCUUCCUAGAGCUGGGCGCCCGGCCAAACUGAGCAAUCGGGGGAGAAGGGCCUUGGUCAGGGAGGUGACAGUCUCCAAAGUUCCUCUGUGGAGAACCUUCCAGAUGGACCACCAUCUCUGUCGCACUAAACAAAUCAGGCCUUUAUGGUAGAGUGGCCAGACGGAAGCCACUCCUCAGUAAAAGGCACAUGACAGCCCGCUUGGAGUUUGCCAAAAGGCACCUAAAUGACUCUGACCAUGAGAAACAAGAUUCACUGGUCUGAAGAAACCAAGAUUGAACUCUUUGGACUGAAUGCCAAGUGUCACAUCUGGAGGAAACCUGGCACCAUCCCCACGGUGAAGCAUAGUGGUGGCAGCAUCAUGCUGUGGGAAUGUUUUUCAGUGGCAGGGAGACUAGUCAGAAUCGAGGGAAAGAUGAACGGCGCAUAGUAUAUAGAGAUCCUUGAUGAAAACCUGCUCAGGACUUCAGACUGGGGUGAAGGUUCACCUUCCAACAGGACAACAACCCUAAGCACACAACCAAGACAACGCAGGAGUGGCUUUGGGACAAGUCUCUGAACGUCCUUGAGUGGCCAGCCAGAGCCCGGACUUAAACCCGAUCGAACAUCUCUGGAGAGACCUGAAAAUAGCGCCUCUUCCAACCUGACAGAGCUUGAGAGGAUCUGCAGAGGAAGAAUGGGAGAAACUCCCCAGAUACAGGUGUGCCAAGCUUGUAGCGUCAUACCCAAGAAGACUCGAGGCUGUAAUCGCUGCCAAAGGUGCUUCAACAAAGUACUGAGUAAAGGGUCUGAAUACUUAUGUAAAUGUGAUAUUUUAGAUGUUCAUUUUUUAUAAAUUAGCAAACAUUUCUAAACCUGUUUUUGCUUUGUCAUUAUGGGGUAUUGAUGUGUAGAAUGAGGGGGGGGGGGGGACAAUUUAAACCCUUUUAGAAUAAGGCUGUAACGUAACAAAAUGUGGAAAAAGUCAAGGGGUCUGAAUACUUUCCGAAUGCACUGUAUAUAGUGUAUGUUACACGGCAUUGUGAUAGACAUGCAAGCCUGAGUAUGGCUUUCUCACAGAGUUCUAUUGAUGAGUAUGCCCAAGGCUUUCGUCCUUGCUUGCCAUUUCGAUGGCUUUGUCAUCCCAUCUCUCAGAACAUGACUGUCCCUGUGUGUUAGGUUGUGGGAGGAUGGCUGGAAGCAAAGAUACUACAAGACCAAGUUUGACGUUGACGCGACUGACGAUGACUUCCGCAAAAAGGUGGUGAAGUCCUACGUGGAGGGUCUCUGCUGGGUACUCCGAUACUACUACCAGGUACAACACACUGAUUUCAAAUAGACGUUUAUAUGUCAUAUGCACAGGAUGCAAAGUAGUGUAAUUGUGCGUUGCUUCUCAUAACCUUCUCGUUACCUUGAUUUGUGACGUUGUUCGUUUAAAAAGAUCAGAUUUAUGCCGGGAUUUUUAUUAUGUAGAUGUCCUAGCUAUGUAAAUAUUUAAACAUGGGUAUUUGGCCACUUGUAAGAAUCUUGCGUUUUAAUCCAAAUGUACCACGUUAAUAUUUGAAUGAAUGAUCUUUAAUAACAGACUUAGCUAAUUCUAAUUUAAAUGUGGACAAGACUAUAAAGAGUGUUGAAUGUAAUAAGGAGACCUCAUUGUCUAAGACAUGAUUUCCCAAACUCAGUCCUGGGGCCCCCUGGGUUCACGGUGUUUGCCCAAGCACUACACAGCUGAUUCAAAUAAUCUAAGCUUGAUGAUGAGUUGGUUAUUUGAAUCAGCUGUGUAGUGCUAGGGCAAAAAUCAAACCGUGCACCCAGGGAGGGGCCCCAGGAUCAAGUUUGGAAAACCCUGCUCUAAGAGAAGAGCAUUCCAUCCAGCCAACCAUCACCCAUCGGUGUGACUUUGAAAUGGUAAUUCACUAGCCAAGGAUACGUGUUUCAAGGCUGGAUUGUUUGGUUUUAAAUUAUUUUUACCGCCCCAGCACAAAUAUAAUUUCAAUAUACACCUUGAACAUAAAUAUGAAUGCAACAUGUAAAGUGUGGGUCCCAUGUUUCAUGAGCUGAAAUAAAAGAUCCCAGAAAUUGUCCAUACGCACAAAAAGCACUACAUCCCUGUUAGUGAGCAUUUCUCCUUUGCCAAGAUAAUCAUCCACCUGACAGGUGUGGCAUAUCAAGAAGCUGAUUAAACAGCAUGAUCAUUACACAGGUGUACCUUGUGCUGGGGACAAUAAAAGGCCACUAAAAUGUGCAGUUUUGUCACACAAUUCCACAAAUGUCUCAAGUUUUGAGAGAGCGCACAAUUGGCAUGCUGACUGCAGGAAUGUCCACCAGAGCUGUUGCAAGAUAAUUUAAUGUUAAUUUCUUUACCAUAAGCCGCCUCCGUCGUUUUAGAGAAUUUGGCAGUACGUCCAACUGGUCUCACAACCGCAGACCAUGUGUAACCACCCCAGCCCAGGACCUCCACAUCCAGCUUCUUCACCUGCGGGAUAAUCUGAGACCAGCCACCCGGACAGCUGAUGAAACUGUGGGAUUGCACAACUGAAGAAUUUCUGCGCAAACUGUCUGAAACCGUCUCAGGGAAGCUUAUCUGUGUGCUUGUCGUCCUCACUAGGGUCUUGAUCUGACUGCAGUAUGGCGUCGUAGCUGACUUCAGUGGGCAAAUGCUCACCUUCGAUGGCCACUGCCAUGCUGGAGAAGUGUGCUCUUCACGGAUGAAUCCCGGUUUCAACUGUACCGGGCAGAUGGCAGACAGCGUUGUGUGGGCAAGAGGUUUGCUGACAUCAACGUUGUGAACAGAGUGCCCCAUGGUGGUGGUGGGGUUAUGGUAUGGGCAGACAUAAGUUACGGACAAAGAACACAAUUGCGUAUUAUCGAUGGCAAUUGGAAUGCAGAGAUACCGUGACAAGAUCCUAACGCCCAUUGUCUUGCCAUUAAUCCGUCGCCAUCACCUCACGUUUCAGCAUGAUAAUGCACGGCCCCAUGUAGCAAGGAUCUGUACACAAUUCCUGGAAGCUGAAAAUGUCCCAGUUCUUCCAUGGCCUGCGUACUCAACAGACAUGUCACCCAUUGAGCAUGUUUGGGAUGCUCUGGAUCGACGCGUACGACAGCGUGUUCCAGUUCCUGCCAAUAUCCAGCAACUUCGCACAGUCAUUGAAGAGAAGUGGGACAACAGGCCACAAUCAACAGCCUGAUCAACUCUAUGCGAAGGAGAUGUGUCGCGAUGCAUGAGGCAGAUACUGACUGGUUUUCUGAUUCUUGCCCCUACCUUUUUUUUAAAAGGUAUCUGUGACCAACAGAUGCAUAUCUGUAUUCCCAGUCAUGUGAAAUCCAUAGAUUUGGGCCUAAUGAAUUUAUUUCAAUUGCUGAUUUCUUUAUGAACUGUAACUCAGAAAAAUCUUUGAAAUUGUUGCAUUUUGCGUUUUAUAUAUUUUUGUUAAGUAUACAUUAAUGAUGGGAUGAAACAAAUGUCAGUGUUCAUUUAGUUGUACAAGUGUAGAGGGAGGUACUAAGCUGGUAUUGGAAAGUGUUUUGGGACGUGUACGUUUGCCAGUUGGCGGACUUCCCACCUCCCAAACCCAAUUCCAAGCCAUUUGCACCAUUCCUUCCUUCCGUUCCUUCAAUGAUUAAAAUUAAUGGUUUAACAACCUCUAAUUCUCGUCCCAGUUUUCAAAGUAUGCAAUUUUAUGAGAGUUAAAUGUCAGUCACAGGCAAGUGUCAACUAGAUUAGAGGCUCAUAUAGGCUCCCCAUCUUCUCUCAAAAUGAGUUAAAAUUUGAAAAAGUUUGGUCUUCACGUGUAUUUGUUUGAUUUACAACUGCACAGGACCAAGAAGAAAAAAAUCUAAUUAAUAAAUGGCCUGGACUAAAUUAUUCCAAAUUGGAAUGAAUGUUGUUUGAGUCAACUGAUUCUUUGCGCUACAUUGUAAAUUGCAAGGGUGUCAAUAUAUUUGACCGCAUCUGUAGGCCUAGACCAGGGGUAUUUAUUCAUCCCUGGGCAUUCUUCUUUAGUAGGCUAUGUAUUCAAAUGUUUCCUGUUGAAUUGUCAGUCAUUUACGUAAAUAAAUGAAAAGUAAAGUAAAAUCUGGACUAAGUGGGCCCAAGCUAGCCAGUAAUCUAAUCAGACUGUCAGUUGAGAUAAAGGUACUGGAGGAUCAUUUCUCCUGGUCGUCUCAUUAACUGUUUGUCUGUUGAUUGACAGGGGUGCGCGUCCUGGAAGUGGUACUUCCCGUUCCACUACGCCCCAUUCGCCUCGGACUUCAAAGACAUCAAAGGCAUGUUCACCGACUUCGAGCUUGGGACCAAGCCGGUAAGAAUGGACAGAUGCAGGCUUCUCUCUCUCUCUCUCUCUCUCUCAUUAGUUCGUGUUCCCAUUGUUAAGCCUGUCUGUUUUGUGUGGUUAGUUCUAACGCUCUGUCUAACGGUCUUCUGUUCCUGUGUUUCAGUUCAAGCCCCUGGAACAGCUGAUGGGUGUUUUCCCUGCCGCCAGUGGAAACUUCCUGCCUGAAACAUGGCGGUCACUCAUGAGCAACCCAGUAAAUUUCACCUUUUUUUUUUUUGCAUAGUCUGAGCAUAUGUAGAUCAUCUAUAAGGGACCAUAGAUGUAGAACUGACUAUCCAAAUAAAGUGUGACCAAUGUAAUGAUCACAGAAGUUGAUAGACUGCUAAACCACUACUGCUGUCGGUCACUCUUGUUUUCCUAAACUGUCGCUUCGUCUCCAACAGGAAUCCUCCAUCAUUGACUUCUACCCUGAUGACUUUGCCAUCGACUUGAAUGGAAAGAAGUACGCUUGGCAGGGUAAGUCAACAGAAUAAUGGACCAUUAAACGGAACACCUUGUCAUGGCAGUGAAGGCAGGUGGUCAGUUUGUAUGUCCUGAAUGAUAUACUCACUGCAUUGCUUGCUCUUUGGGGUCCAGGCCUGGUAACUGUAAAGCAUUACUGCUGAUGUAAAAAGGGCUUUAUAAAAUACAUUUGAUUGAAUGUGUUUUCCCCUCUGUGUGUAGGUGUUGCAUUGCUGCCCUUUGUGGAUGAGCGUAGGCUGAGGGCAGCCCUGGCUGAAGUCUACCCAAACCUCUCUCCAGAGGAAAGUGAGUAAUGGGAUUCCUCAACUUCAAGCCACCAUUGUAAACCACUCCUUCAGAAUAUGAAAGUAUCACAAUAUAAUCUCAGCAAGAAAAGUCAAUUGCGUUUAUUUUCAGCAAACUUAACAUGUGUAAAUAUUUGUAUGAACAUAAGAUUCAACAACUGAGACAUAAACUGAACAAAUUCCACAGACGUGACUAACAGAAAUUGAAUAAUGUGUCCCUGAACAAAAGGGGGAUCAAAAUCAAAAGUAACAGUCAGUAUCUGGUGUGGCCACCAGCUGCAUUAAGUACUGCAGUGCAUCUCCUCCUCAUGGACUGCACCAGAUUUGCCAGUUAUUGCUGUGAGAUGUUACCCCACUCUUCCACCAAGGCACUUGCAAGUUCCCUGACAUUUCUGGGGGGAAUGGCCCUAGCCCUCACCCUCUGAUCCAACAGGUCGAUAUUGCCUGCAAUGACAACAAGCUCAGUCCGAUGAUGCUGUGACACACCGCCCCAGACCAUGACGGACCCUCCACCUCCAAAUCGAUCCCGCUCCAGAGUACAGGCCUCGGUGUAACGCUAAUUUUUUAGAUGAUAAACGCGAAUCCGACCAUCACCCCUUGUGAGACAAAACCACAACUAAUCUGUGAAGAGCACUUUUUGCCAGUCCUGUCUGGUCCAGCGACGGUGGGUUGGUGCCCAUAGGCACUGCCCAUAGGCAGUAUUCAGACCCCUGGACUUUUUCCACAUUUUGUUACGUUACAGCCUUAUUCUAAAAUGGAUUCAAUUGUUUUUCCGCCUCAUCAAUCUGCACACAAUAUCCCAUAAUGACAAAGCGAAAACAGGUUUUUAGACAUUUUUGCAAAUGUAUAAAAUAAAAAACAUAAGUAUUCAGGCCCUUUACUCAGUACUUUGUUGAAGCACCUUUGGCAGCGAUUACAGCCUCGAGUCUUCUUGGGUAUGACGCUACAAGCUUGGCACACCUGUAUUUGGGGAGUUUCUCCCAUUCUUCUCUGCAGAUCCUCUCAAGCUCUGUCAGGUUGGAUGGGGAGCGUCUCUGCACAGCUAUCUUCAGGUGUCUCCAGUGAUGUUCAAUCAGGUUCAAGUCCGGGCUCCGGCUGGGCCACUCAAGGACAUUCAGAGACUUGUCCCAAAGCCACUCCUACGUCGUCUUGGCUAUGUGCUUAGGGUCGUUGUCCUGUGGGAAAGUGAACCUUUCGCCCCAGUCUGAGGUCCUGAGCGCUCUGGAGCAAGUUUUCAUCAAGGAUCUCUCUGUACUUUGCUCCGUUCAUCUUUCCCUCGAUCCUGACUAGUCUCCCAGUCCCUGCCGCUGAAAAACAUCCCCACAGCAUGAUGCUGCCACCACCAUGCUUCACCGUAGUGAUGGUGCCAGGUCCUUUAGGUGCCUUUUGGAAAAACGGGAUGUCAUGUGGCUUCCGUCUGGCCACUUUACCGUAAAGGCCUGAUUGUUGGAGUGCUGCAGAGAUGGUUGUUCUGGAGCUCUGUCAAAGUGACCAUCGGGUUCUUGGUCACCUCCCUGACCAAGGCCCUUCUCCCCCGAUUUGCUCAGUUUGGCCGGACUGCCAGCUCUAGGAAGAGUCUUGGUGGUUCCAUACUUCUUCCAUUUAAGAAUGAUGGAGGCCACUGUGUUCUUGGGGACCUUUAAUGCUGCAGAAUUUUUUUUGUACCCUUCCACAGAUCUGUGCCUCGACACAAUCCUGUCUCGGAGCUCUAUGGACAAUUCCUUCAACCUCAAAGCUUGGUUUUUGCUCUGACAUGCACUGUCAACUGUGAGACCUUUUAUAUAGACAAGGUGUGUGCCUUUCCAAAUCAUGUCCAAUCAAUUGAAUUUACCCCAGGUGGGCUCCAAUCAAGUUGUAGAAACAUCUCAAGGAUGAUCAAUGGAAACAGGAUGCACCUGAGCUCAAUUUCGAGUCUCAUAGCAAAGGGUCUGAAUACUUAUCUAAAUAAGGUAUUUCUGUUUUUAUUUUUUAAUUUGCAGACAUUUCUAAAAACCUGUUUUUGCUAUGUCAUUAUGGGGUAUUGUGUGUAGAUUGAUGAAAUUGUUUUAUUUAAUCAAUUUUAGAAUAAAACUGUAACGUAGCAAAAUGUGGAGAAAGGGUCUGAAUACUUUCUGAAUGCACUGUAUAACAUUACUUUAUUACUGAAGUACUCCACAUGUGAAAUUACUAAUUGAACACAUGACGCAAUGUGUAUCUUGAAUGACGUUUGGUGUCAGUGCUGAUCAAUAGGUUUAUUAUGUAAAGAACUCUCUUACUGGAAUCGUUUUGAAUAUUGACUGUCAGUCACUCCAGCUGAUGUCUUCUCUCUUUGUUUCAGACAAGAGGAACAGCCUUGGCAGUGAUAUGCUGUUUGUUGGGAUAUCUCAUCCUAUCUGUGACUUCAUCCAGGAACUGUACCGUGGAGAAUCUCACGAGGUAUGGAAAGCAAUGUCCCUGCAGCCUGAUCAUCUAAUAGUUUAUUGUAUAGUAUGUUAAGUAAUAUAGUAUUUUAAGUAUGAUAUUAAUAUUGCAGUGUCUGUUUUCCUCAGGGCACUGAGAUGCCGGCAGAACUAUGCCAUGGAAUUCAAGGUACAUUAAAUCUUGACGAAGACCCUAUCCUACCAGAUAAGUAAGGAACACAUCUGUUUUAUUAUCAUACAUUUUCGAAGUUACCAUUUUCUGCCAUUUAUCCAUCCUUCUCUGGAGAGAAUCAUGGCUAACCUAUGACUGUGUGAAACCUCAUUUGUUCUUAGGCCAGUGGAGUCGCCUAUACCCAUGCUGCGGGACAUUGCACAGAACAGUGCCAUUGGGUAAGGAUUCAUCUUUUACUCUCACAACCUCUGUUCAUUCAGUUGGUGGUUCCAAGGGGGUAUACGUAACCAAAAUGGUGUUCAGUCUGGUCCACUGCCCAAUAUUUGUUCUUCCAUAGUCCCAUUAACCAGGUUUCCAUCCAACCUUUCUAUGCGAGUAAAGUACAUGUAGGACAGGCCUGAUGGAGACAGAAAAAUGUUCUGUUAACUUUCCAAAUGUCGACAAAACAAAAUACACUAGACAAGGUGGGAUCUUUUUGUGUUUGUAAAAUGAAUUAUGCGAGGAAUGUCGGUGGAAACGCUUCUAUUUGCAACAAUUGAUAUAAUAACCAUAUCAAAGUAAACUUGGAGUUACGUGAUGAUAUGGUGUGUGGUCCUCCCACUACGACUCGGGGAAACCAUGCAGUUUUAUUAGACUACAGAUUAAAUAAGUUAAGAUGAACUUCACAGGGUGAUGAAAGUGCACGGUGAUGAGCUUGAUGCUCUUUUUCAAUAAAUAUCGAGGGUCUUAUUCUGGUGACAUGAUCAUCGAUGCUUGGCUGCCGUUUUUUUACAAAUUAUCUUGCUCUUUUGUCCAUAAAAAUGUCAUAAUGUAGGCUGUACGUGUGCUCUAGCCAACAGUGGCGUAGAUACAGUACUCAAUCUGCCCUGCGUGCUGUUGGCAAUACCAGAGUGGGCAUACUCGCUAUAUAACGCAUACAUCUAUUUGUGAGAGACUGAAACCCAUUUAACUUGUAUUUUGUAUUCGGUACAUGGGAAUUUAACAGCAAAAGGUAUUUUUAUGUGCACUACGUCAUCACGCACAGCCUUUUAUCUGCAACAAGUCAGUUUUGAUGGAAACGCAUGUCUGGUGGGAAAAUUCAUGUUUUUAUGCAGAUUGUAGAAUAUUCGCAUGAAAUCUGUCUCCAAUUUGGAUGGAAACUAGCUACUGUGUACAAUUUAUUCAUACUUGAAUGUUUCACCAUAUCUGGCUGUAGAAAGACUGCAUUCCAUAAGAAGUUGACGAUCCUUAGUGGUAGUCGUAAGUUCACAUUCCUGCGUAACACUACCUGAUUGAUCUCGACCAGGAGGCGAAAUCUAAGGUCAACUUCUGUGUGAAACUAAAUUAAAAUGUUCCUGCUUCAAUGGUCGACUUCAGACUCUCAUAUUUACCACGAGGGCUGUACCUGUCACUGGGUUCUUAGAUGUAAUGACCUGCUCGGCCUUCUGGGGGUCAGCUUCUAAGAGGAGCUGAGACUCCCUCAUUCACACCCGGUUGCGUCCCAAAUGGCUCCCUAUAUAGUUCAUUACUUUUGACCAGAUAUAGGGAAUAGGGUGCCAUUUGGGAGACAGCCUCCCUCAUUAACACUGGAGUUGGAACAAGGCUCAUGCCAAACUUGAAUUGAUACCAUUUUCUUUGACCAGCGCUGGCGUAUCGGAUGAUUAAAAAAAUACCAUUGCUCACUUUAUUUCUGCUUGGGACAGGAUGGUUAUUGAAUUCAUUGCCAAUGCAAGGCUUUUGGUCAGCUUUGUCUGGACUUUUAUUGAAGGCUUAGCUUUUUAGGGGAUCCUGGUCCUUAAAUUAUUUGUUCUGUUUUCACUAAGGCUAAAUACAGGUUAAAUACAGAUAUAAACUAACACAUGUAAUUAUUCAUAAAAUAAAAUUAAUUGCAGUAAAAGUUCUGUUUUAUAAAUGUGUAAAUUGUUCCUUUUUGUCUUGGCAGAGUGAAAUAUAAGGACCCACAGUUUGGAGAGACCUUUGUGUUCAAGGCUGUCAUUCUUCCUGGAGCUAAGUAAGUUAAUAGUCUUUUUAUUUAUGUGUUUAUUAUAAUGCAUUGUUUUAUAAUUAACAUGUUCCCAUUGUUGCAUCAGUGUUGUAUAUAAUCUUACUGUGUAUAACACCUGCUGUAUAUGCUGAGUGUUUUCCACAAACACAUGUAGCCAGCCAGGCUCCCCAUUGGCAACACUUUGAUUACAUCUCUAGACCUAUAUCAAUGUCUUUGAAAAUACCAUAUAAGUAUCAUUGGCUUAAAACAAUUCAAGCUGUUUUCGUUUAGCCUCACUCUGGUCCAAAAUAGGAUAUCUCUCCAUUAGCCUACCUGUUGUUCCUGCAGUGAGAAGGAUUCACCAUCUUCAUUGAAUGUGUUCAUAAUUUAUCUGUAGAUAAUUGCCAAAAAGCCUACCAGUAUGCAAAUGAGGGAGUUAAGUGAAUGGCUCUCUUACCGAUGCAAUUCGGCAAGCUACUGACGAGUCACUCACUUUAACGUCACUGUCUGGCAAGUCCUAAUGGACUUCAUAUCGAAAACGCCAACAAUCUUUAGUUUACUUGUCCAGAUGCAAUACCAUAGACGUACAGUGCAUUCGGAAAGUAUUCAGACCCCUUCACUUUUUCCACAUUUUGUUACGUUACAGCCUUAUUCUAAAAUUGAUUAAAUUGUUUUUUUCGCUCAUCUAUCUACACACAAUAUCCCAUGAUGACAAACGCAAAAAAAUGUUUGCAAAUUAUUAAAAUCUAAAACUGAAAUAUUACAUUUACAUAAGUAUUCAGACCCUUUACUCAGUAUUUUGUUGAAACACCUUUGGCAGCGAUUACAGCCUUGAUUCUUCUUGGGUAUGACGCUACAAGCUUGGCACACCUGUAUUUGAGGAGUUUCUCCCGUUCUUCUCUGCAGAUCCUCUCAAGGUCUGUCAGGUUGGAUGGGGAGCGUCGCUGCACAGCUAUUUUCAGGUCUCUCCAGAUAUGUUAGAUCGGGUUCAAGUCUGGGCUCUGGCUGGGCUAUUCAAGGACAUUCAGAGACUUGUCCCGAAGCCACUCCUGCGUUGUCUUGGCUGUAUGCUUAGGGUUGUUGUCCUGUUGAAAGGUGAAACUUCGCCCAAGUCUGAGAACCUGCUCCAGAUAGCUCAGGACAUCAUCAAUAAUCUUUCUGUACUUUGCGCCGUUCACCUUUCCCUCGAUUCUGACUAGUCUCCCAGUCCCUGCCGCUGAAAAACAUCCCCAAAGCAUGAUGCUGCCACCACGCUUCACCGUAGGGAAUGGGAUUGGCCAGGUGAUGAGCGGUGCCUGGUUUCCUGCAGACGUGACGCUCGGCUUUCAUUUAUAUUUAAGUCAUUUAGCAGUCAGGCCAAAGAGUUUAAUCUUUGUAUUAUCAGACCAGUGAAUCUUGUUUCUCAUGGUCUGAGAGUCCUUUAGGUGCCUUUUGGCAAACUCCAAGCGGGCUGCCAUGUGCCUUUUUUACUGAGGAGUGGCUUCCGUCUGGCCACUCUACCAUAAAGGCCUGAUUGGUGGAGUGCUGCAGAGAUGGCUGUCCUUCUGGAAGGUUCUCCUGGAGCUCUGUCAGAGUGACCAUCGGGUUCUUGGUCGACUCUGACCAAGGCCCUUCUCCCCCGAUUGCGCAGUUUGGCCGGGCGGCCAGCUCUAGGAAGAGUCUUGGUGGUUUCAAACUUAUUCCAUUUAAGAAUGAUUGAGGCCACUGUGUUCUUGGGGACCUUCAAUGCUGCAGAAAUGUGUUGCUACCCUUCCCCAGAUCUGUGCCUCGACACAAUCCUGUCUUGGAGCUCUACGGAUAAUUCCUUCGACCUCAUGGCUUGGUUUUUGCUCUGACAUGCACUGUCAACUGUGGGACCUUAUAGACAGGCGUCCUUUCCAAAUCAUGUCCAAUCAAUUGAAUUUACCACAGGUUGUAGAAACAUCUCAAGGAUGAUCAAUGGAAACAGGUUGCACCUGAGCUAAAUGUUCAGUCUCAUAGCAAAGGCUAUGAAUACUGAUAUAAACAAGGUAUUUCUGUUUUUUAUUUUUAAUAAAUGUGCAAACCUUUCUAAACCUGUUUUCACUUUGUCAUUGUGGGGUAUUGUGUGUAGAUUGAGGGAAAAAUUGUAUUUAAUCAAUUUUAGAAUAAGACUAACGUAACAAAAUAUGGAAAACGUCAAGGGGUCUGAAUACUUUCCGAAUGCACUGUAUAUUCCCAUGUGGGGUCUGAAAUGUAUUACAUUGUCUUUAUUUAUUGUGUUUGAUCAUGGAGCUCUUUAUGACAUUGUAUGGUGUUGAUCGUUUACUGUUCAUUUGUGUGAAAAAUCAAAUAAUUAUUAUUAACAAAAAAACUCCUCAGGAUGCCUGCGAAGGUGCUGAAGCCUGGGGACUGGGAGAGAGGCAACCGUGGUAGGGGUAACUGGAGGCCCCAACUGGGGUUCAACUCAAACAGGCAGCAGGUCCACCUGGAUCAGUCAAGCUUCAGGGCUCUGGGGUACGUGCACACUACUUCAAACUAUACAGCCAGACCAACUUGAAUGAUAUCCCUUCAACAGUCGCCAUUAAAUACCCACCCUUUGAUUUAUGCUAUCUAAGAAGGCUGAAUUAUCAUUUAAAUCUGCAGUCUGUAAUUUAAACAACUCUCACCCCCCCUAUGCUUUUUGUUUUUAAUAAACAGUAGCCACCGUAUUGGGUGCGCGUGACGUGGCAUCCGAUGCACCCAAAUGUCUUCCUCAAUUAAGUACCCGGCCAGAUAAGGGUUUAGUAGUCAGCUAUUUGGCUGGCAGCUGGUGCUUAUAGAAGAGUGUGUAUGGAACAGCCGUUAACUGAUGUUUAAUGUCUGACUUACUCUGCGUGUUCUGUUGUUUUCAGUCACAGCAUGAACAGACAGCAGCAGGGAGGUGGGCAGUACAGCAACGCUCCGCCCCCUGGCAACUACCACCAGGGGAACUACAGCAGGCCCCACAGCGGCGGUGGUGGUCACCUCCCACCCUUCCCACGUAAGACCUCCUACACCCACACAGGCAGGCCUCAGACAAACACAUCUUUGCUGCAUUUCCGAUCUACUAAAAUAUAG